GUGGGAACGGUUCUGGACAGGGUAACGAUACAGAGGAUGAGGACCAUGAAUUCUUCGAUGCAGUGGAAGAGGAUGUCACCGCUGCUAUGGAUGAUAAGAACUCAUUUGUAAUCAAAGUGCCUGUAAAUAGGAAAAAUAAAGUUAAGAGUGGUGAAAGCUCUGAUGAAUCUGAGGGUGAAACGGUGACAGAAACUCAACAGGUGAUAUUUGUAGAAGAUAAGGAGCGUGGAGAAAACAAUAUGGGUGGCACAGAAGCAAAUUCUGACAAUGAUGCUAAUAUCAAUAAACAAGCAGACAACAAGGAGCAAAAUAUUGUGAUAUGGCCUCACGUCUCACAAGUUCCUGUAAGCAUGGUGGACGGCCAUCCGCGACGCACGCGAGUCCCUGACAAACCCAACUAUCCUCUGAGUCUCUGGUCUAUUAUGAAAAACUGUAUAGGUAAGGAACUGUCAAAGAUUCCCAUCCCCGUCAAUUUUAGUGAGCCACUGUCCAUGUUGCAACGGCUCACGGAGGACUAUGAAUACUCUUCAAUAUUAGACCAAGCAGCUACAUUCACUGACCCAGCACAGCAGCUUGCAUAUGUUGCUGCUUUCACUGUGUCUUCUUACGCUACCACAGCUUGCAGAACUAACAAGCCUUUCAAUCCACUGCUUGGUGAAACUUACGAAUGCGAUCGAAUGGCGGACUUAGGCUGGAGAGCGAUAUCCGAACAG